AGAUAAAGAAAAAUAUUGUAACAAGGAAAAAGUAUGGACACAGAAUAUGAAUGAUAUGAAAGAAAAAAUAAAUACUUUAAUAAAUACAAUAAAAGAGUAUGAAGAAGAAAAUAAGAAUCUUCAAAAUAUUAUUAAUCAGAAAAAUGAUACAAUAACAAAUAUAGUUAAUGAUAUCUUGCUUGUAAAAAAUGUGUAUGAAGAUUUAAUAAAAGAAAAAGAUAUGAAUGAAAUAGAUAAGAAUAAUCUUACACAAAAGAUUAAGUAUUAUGAAAAUGAUAUAAUAUGUCUUCAAAAUAAUAUAGAUAGAUUAAAAAAAAGAAAUAAUAAUUUAAAUGAAGAUGUAAGGAAAAAAGAAAAAAUAAUUAUCACAUUAAAAAAUGAAAAUAUGUAUUUAAAAAAAGAAAAUGAUAUAUUUAAUAAUAAUUUCUUAAGUAUCAAAGGGGACGAUGAUAAAAUAAAAAUUUAUUCUACAGAUUUGACAGAUUCGACAGAUGAUCAAGAAAAAGAUGACAAAAGAGAUGACACAUAUAAUAUAAGUGAUGAUAAUUAUAUAAAAAAAAAAAAUGAAGAACAAUCUUUAGAAAACGAAAAAAAUAUAAACAAGGAUGCUUUUUUAAAUAGUAACAUUUUGAAGUUUGAAAAUUAUAUCAAUUAUAAUAAUACUAUAACAAAUGAUAAUCUUUCUAAUAAUAUUGAAAGAGAGAAAAAAGGAAAUAACGAUUUGUCAAAAAAAAAAAAAAAAAAAGAUAAAGAAUUAAAGGAUUAUUUAAAAUCUGAGAAUAUUUCAAAUGACAUAGAAAAGAAAGAAAAUAAUAAUGUUGAUUUGAUUAUUCAAAGAAGAGUAUGUAAUGACAAAUUAUAUAAUAAAACAAAGGAGGAUAUUAAACAAAAAAGGGCGAAUUAUAGUGAUGAUUAUGAUAGUUAUUCGGAUAUAUCAAAAGAUCAAGAAGGACAUCAUAAUAAAAUGGAUAAUAAUAAUAAAAGAGAUAAUUAUCAUAAUAAUAAUAAUAAAAGAGAUAAUUAUCAUAAUAAUAAUAAAAGAGAUAAUUAUCAUAAU